GUCACAAGCCGAGUAGUGGGACAAGACGGGAUCCCCUCCCUACUCCUCCUUCACGCAGGACCCAGCGCUUUAAAAAAAUCCACCCACUCACGCAAGCAUACGGUGACGCGCACGUCUCCAGUUCGCGUUUGCGGCCAUAAUCACCAACCCCAUCACAACACACAGUUAUCCUUUUCCGACGUGGAAAUAUUUCGCGACAGAAGGUCUGUCAGGAAAACGGGGAGGUUUACGGAUCGCUUCGGCCCCGUUCUGUGUCGCGACGGACCCGGAUUCACUUUUCUGCGCCACGGCUCGGGAUCAGCCGAGCUACAAGUCUCCUUUGAAAAAACACGGGGCCAUAUGCUGGUAUGCACGGAACACUUUGGAUUUAGCAUCAUUCAGCCACGACCACUUGGACCGACUGUUUUCUUCCAAUGUCCCAGAGACAACAUGACCGCUCUCAAAGCACCAGACUGCUAAGUGUGGGCUUCACCUCGUCCACUCCCGUUCCAGCUCCCUGAAACUGCUUUCCCACUUUCCCAGCCAGACAUGAAGCAGGUGGGGCUCUGGACGGCCUCCGAUGUUUCUGAUUGGCUGACAGAAGAGUGCAUGCAGGAGUAUUCUGAUGCGUUGCGGAACACGGACGGCCCUGCUCUCCUAAGGCUCACCGAGGAAGACUUCAAAGCCCCGCCCCUGUCCCUGGUCACUGGAGAUGGUGGGCGACAACUAAUGGAGCGUAUCGAGACUUUGCGCUUCACGAGCCACAUGAAGGCACACAAAAGCAACAACCUUGAGAAUAGUCACCACGCGAACGGACACACAACCGCUACACAUGCCAAUGGCAGUGUCGGCAAUGGCAAGAUCCUCAACGGCGGGCCUAAAAAUGGAUUCCUCUACGAGCCGGUUCGCAUCUUGAUCCCGCUGCCCUCCGAACAGGAACGCAUGCCGUUUCCCACAGAGUGGUUCAAAACGGGCGUGGCCUUCCUGUACGCCGUAUGCUGCUUUGUCACGACAACAGUCAUGAUCUCGGUGGUGCACGAGCGAGUCCCACCCAAAGAGGAGUCCCCACCCUUGCCCGAUAAAUUCUUUGAUCUGUUUGAUCGCGUGCAGUGGGCGUUUUCCAUCUGCGAGAUCAACGGCAUGCUGCUGGUGGGACUCUGGCUUGCACAGUGGUGUCUGCUCAAGCACAGGUCAAUAGUUGGCCGGCGGUUCUUUUUCAUCGUGGGCACUCUGUACCUGUACAGAUGCGUGACCAUGUAUGUUACGACGUUACCUGUGCCUGGCAUGCACUUUAAAUGCUCUCCCAAGCUCUUUGGUGACUGGGAGGCUCAGUCCCGUCGGGUCUUAAAAAUGAUUGCAGGCGGUGGGCUGUCCAUCACUGGCUCUCACUCAUUGUGUGGAGAUUACUUGUACAGUGGACACACAGUAAUGCUGACGCUAACAUACCUCUUCAUUAAAGAGUAUUCGCCACAGAGGUUUUGGUGGUAUCACUGGAUCUGCUGGUGCCUGAGUGCGAUCGGGAUCUUCUGCAUCCUCUUGGCUCAUGACCACUACACAGUCGAUGUGGUGGUGGCCUACUUCAUGACCACACGCCUCUUCUGGUGGUACCAUACAAUGGCCAAUCAGCAGGCUUUGAAAGAGAAUUCUGCCGGCAACCUGUUCUCUCACGUCUGGUGGUUCGGCCCAUUUCAGUACUUUGAGAGUAACGUGCGGGGCAUCGUGCCUCGAAACUACCAGCUGCCAUUUUUGUGGCGAACAUUGAUGAGUUCCCGGGUUAAAUACAACAGGCUGGACUCUCGUGAGUCGUGACCCGUGGCUCCUGAUUGGCUGGAGCUCUGUGAGACUCUUAAGAGGCAAGCUGCUCUUCCCAUCAACCCCUGCAAAACUGGUUGAGCACUGUGAUACAUAUACGCCUAUCGUUUUGUAGUAUUCUAAGCAUUUCAACGUCCCUGGCUGGUAGGUAUAUGUAGAGCAGAGCAUCUAACAACUGGAUUUGAUUUGCUGCUCUUUAUAGUAGUUAAAUAACGCUGACAAUAUGAACUGUGUAAUUGGCGUUUGUCGUCUUUGUGCUGGUUCUCAAUGAAAUGGUCCAGCAGAAUAUGUGUCGUAAGUUUUAUUCACCUGCCAAAACUGUAUUGAUAUCCUGGAAUACUUAUAGAAAGAGAUUUUCUUUUGAAGCGUCUUUUUGUAAUAAUUUUAUUAAUUCUGGUGCAAGAGAUUUUUCUAAAUAUUUCGCAGGUUUAUUUUCCCAAAAAAGUGACGUCCAAAUAGAAUAUCUUUUCUAGAUUUAUACCUUCCAAAAUGCUGGGGCGCAUACAGCUUCAGAAUUUUCUAGUGCCUUUGUUUCAUAUGCUCAUACACGCAUAUACACAUUGAUCAACACUUACAUAACGUGUUAUUUACAUACAAUGUCUGUCUGAAUAUUGAUGCUUUGCUUCACCAGUAAACUCUAUGUAAGACUGUAUGUUUUCUAGAUGCUAUGAAUGUGACAGAUCAGUUCUGCCUUACAUUUACCACAAGCAUUUAAAUCAAAACCCUUUAUUGUUAUAAAGUGGAUAGAAAUGUGAAGAGUGGAAUAGAUAAGGGAGACAAGGGAGAGAGAGAGAGCUGAAAUAGUUAUUAAAUCCAGAUACAGUGCUUGUUUUUUCAAGAAUAUGAAUGUCAUUAGUGAUUAGUAAAUUUCAGUUGCUGUUACACAAAUUUGAAUGAUCAACAUUGUUAUUCAUUGAGAACCACAGCUAACAACAUUUAUUUGAGUUUUGGGAACCACUCUAAUUUAAAAGAAACGGAGAAGACUUACACCGACUGAAUGUUUACCUUCCUUUUAAAGGCAUACAUAGAAUACAUGAUUCAAUUGUGUGCAGAAGAGAUCAUCUAUAAUCAAAAAAAUGUAUUUUGUGCGUAGUAGACUCAUUAGUCCAUCUUCAUUCAUAAAAAAACAAAGUUUCUGCUUUUGUAAUGCCAUAGCAUUAGUAGUUGUUUUUGUAUUGAACAUAGGGGCAACCAUUCUUCAUCGAAAAGGUUUAGUUUAGAUCUAAGGGUUUUUAAAGGGUUUUUCAUUCAUAUGAAAUGUGUCUGCCCAAAAUGAGCUAGCCAAAGGGAAGAUGGUCUCUUGAGAACCAAAUCAGAAGCAGAUAGUACUCCCUGGUAUUUUUGACUGAAUGAUAGGUAAGUCGCAGAACGACUGAGUUUCUGGAGCGUGAAUGUGCAAUCAGUGACUAUACAAUAAAACUGUAAAGAAAAUCAAAAGCACUUUAAAAUAACGUCCAGCCACACAAUUCAUACUUUCAUAAAAGUAUGAGCUAAAGUAAAUCUGCAUCAUCCCAACAAUAUAAAAUUACAGCCUGGUAUGAGCGCACAAGGUUCACCACAUAAUGUAAUGGACUAAUGAUGGUUUUAUACUGGUUUAUGAAGCUGACAGGUUGAUCAGACCUUUGAAUGUGCACCAAUGUACAGCCACUUCACUAGGGUGAACAUGCACAUACUGCUUAGUAUUAAUGUGAUUGACUGCAGUAUGCUACAGAGUUGUAUUGUUUUGUUGUUUGGAAACCAGUGUUGGGUUAUAAAAUAUUUUGCUUUCAUGAUUAAAAAAAGUGUUGGAAAUCCAGAUUGUUCAGCUGUUAAUUUAACUUUGUAUUACAUCGCCAAAUGUUCAGUAAUAGAUUCCGGGAAGCAAAUUGAGUGUUGGCUAAUUUUGUCUUUGAUAUGAUGACAGUAAAUACAUGCAUGUUGUUGUUUUUGUUGUUGUUUUGUUUCUUUUCAUUGUCAAUUUUACCCAGCAUUGUCAAAUCACUUCAUUGUUGUCUAAUGUAAAUCAGGUUGUAUGCUAAACAAUCUUUUAAUAUGAGAAGAGGAGCCGGGGCGGAGGUUAAAUAAAACUGUUAAUAUUC